AUGAAACUUCGUUGCAACUUUGUCCUUAUUUUGUUGCAAACAAACUCAAUUUUAACAAAAGCUUAUGGCCAAAAAUAUGACUACAUCGGCUGCUUUCAAUGGGUUCGAUCACCUUUAUUCGAAAUUCAUGAUGAUGUCGAAGAUUGUGCUGCCAAUUGCAAGUUUACGAAUCCAUUUAAUAACAUGAUCGGCUUGAAGAACGGCCGCGAAUGUCACUGCGUAAGCGGGGUCAGUUCGGCAGUGGCUUCCUGGCGGUGCAACAUGUUCUGUAAGAACUUCUCAUGCGGUGGGGUUGAGUUUUAUUCAGUUUAUAAAAUUCAACCACGUCAGGAACACGACAUAUAUUAUUGCCAUGUGCAUCCGGAAAAUUCAGAGAACGCCAUAUAUUCACGAAAUUUUGACAAUCUGGAUAGCCUUGAAAUGUGUGCACAUUUCUGUUUGGAAAUGAACAUGACAUUCUUUAGGAAGACAAUAUUUUAUAAUAAAUGCAACUGUUUCCAGGAGGUCAAAUAUGCACUUUAUUUUCGCUCAGCCGAUGAAAGCUUCCACGCUGUAUUAUGCUCCAAAAAUGAAGCAGAAAUUUGUGAAUAUUAUUUUGAAUCUCUUAGAAAUCUGCCGACUAUAUUUUCAACGCGUUUAUUUUACGAAUUCCAGAGAGGAGUAUCAACGUUCUCUCACUGCAAAACCAUAAACUAUGAAAUACAAGAAAGGUGUCCAGAAGGUUGUAGUGAAGGCUGGAAGGGAGAUUCGUGCAGAGAAAGAGAUUGUACGAGGAACAAUGGUGACUGUGGUGACGAGAUGAAAUGUAUUGAGUCCACGGUCAAUGGUAAUAAGUACGUUGAAUGCGUCUGCCCAUUGGGCACUGUAAGAAACAAGUGGUACUUGUGCGAGGUGUUUAGGAAGAACGUGGUUCAGCAUAACAAAUACAUAGGUAAGCCUAGAGAUGGCCCCGCAGAAAAUUUGACAAAAGCAUCAUAUAACGGUUUUCUUGGGCAACGACCUUAUACCAGAUGUAUUUGGAUUGCUGUAGCUCUUCAAAGUUUAUAUUCCGUUGGAUAUUUAAGAGUUUACGGGAGAUUAUGCCAUAAUAACUACGUUUGCAGACCGCAAGAUGGAUUUGUUGCUAGACUCAGUGAAAAUACUCUCGUUGAGAAUGAAUUGAAUGUGGAGAGUUUAAAAACAUGCGGCUACGGACCUGAAAAAGCCAAACAAGCAGGAAACCCUAUGACUAUUAUUUGUGAAGAUUUUGCACUCCGUUCAAGAUAUGUCAUUUUGCACCCGUCGGAUGAAAAGUUUGGUUACGAUGGAUUCUUUCUUUCACUGUUGGAAGUAUAUGAAGUUAGUUGCGGUGUCUUGAACGGAAGAUGUGAACAAAGGUGCACUGAAUCGAAAGAUGGAGACGCACACGUUGUCAGCUGCAGUAGUUGGACUGAUGAACAAGCUGUAACAAACUCAGUUUACGGAUGUUACUUGAAAGUGUCAGGUGACCUUCACUUCGAGAAGGCUGGAUUGUCGUACAUGCAAUGUAGAGAUGCCUGCACUUUAAUGUCAAAAAGUUUAGCAGUGAUGCAAGCAGGUUUCAAAUGUUAUUGCAGCAGUAAUUUGAGCAUAGCUGGUAACAUCCCAGUGGAAGAUUGCAAGAAAGGCCAUUACAGAUCCAACCUUAUAUUUGAUGACUGCCUCAUGCUUAACAAUUUUUGUGAAGAAAUUGAGAAUUCUUCGCACAGCACUAGAUUAACUACCAAAAUUAACCACACAGAUACAACGGAGACUUUGGGAACCAUCGUCAUCAUCAACCCUUCCAACGAACAACCCACAGCCACAUCUAGCGAAGAGACGGAUGAUUAUGAAUUCUACAAAGAAAAGUUGAUCAUUGCAGCCAGUGUGAGUACGGCCACCUUUCUGUUAAUGUUAGCUGCAAUACUUGGACACAUCAUGUUUACAAGGAGGAAUCAAAAAAGUGUAAGCCAAACCUCGGAUAUGAGUUCUGUGAGUUCAGGUACGAGUGGAGCCAAAUCACCAGAUGACAUUUUGGAGAGUGUGAACAGGCAGUUAACAGAGCAUGAAUAA